UUGUGUUGCAUUGCGAUUAGAUUGAAUUUUAGAGCUCAGUGCAGUUGAGAUCAGUUUUUGGGUGUGGGUUUUCAGAGUUGGAAUGUUUGCUUUCAAGAGAAAUUUCGGAGCAUUUGGGCAGCUGUAAUGUCGGUACGUGUAGUGUAUUGUGACGGUUUAAAUCGAGGAUCAGUUUGAUUCCGUACUCGGAGUUGUGCGUGAUGAGAUGUUGUGAGGAGGGGGGAUAGAGGGAGGACGGCAUUUGUUUGAGGAGGCGUUCGUGGUGGCAAGGGUGCGUUGCCUGAUUCUUGUGCUAGGGGUCGUUGUUCUUUCAUCGUGUAUCGCUUAGUCUGCAGGUGGUUAGGACAUGCCGAGUUCAACAUCAGUUUGCUCCUCCCCCUCCUCAUCAGUUUCGCAGACCUCCCAAUCGUGUAUGAUAGCCUGAGUUUCACGUCCAGUCUGUUGCAUCUCAAACGUGCCGGCCCUUACGAAGAAAAUUCACCGUAGAACCACUCGAUACGCUAUUGAACUGCAUGUUUAUCUCAGACGCUUGAGGCUGUGUUCAAACAAUUUUUGUACACCUUUUACGUCAGACUUACCUGAAGAAUUAAUCAAGCGCCGCAACUCAACCUUGAGGAAUGCGAGAAGAGAUUUUCCGAACCUUUUCCAGCUUUGAAAACCAUCCGUAUACUUUUUUUUUUGAAUGUCCUUACCAAUUGUGGUGCUUCUCUGGAUUAAUGUCACUGUAGUGCCGUCGGAGGAACUCAUCGUCUGCUCAUGGAUGUUUGAGUCCGGGGGAUUCCUCUUUGAAAGCUUAGGCUUCUGAAGAGUGCAGUCGUUGAUGCAUCAUUCGAUUGGCGCUAAAGUUGGAAAGCUCUGCUGCUGUGAAUAACCAGUUGCGUAUGCACCGGUCGAUUGAACAAGGGUCGCGCCACAGCCACACACUACUAGAAUCGUAACGGCAGGAAAGAAGCAGCUUCCAGGCGAAUUUUCGUGUUGUAUAGGCUUGCAGCUCAAUUUCUACCAUCUCUGUCGCCAGCAGCUCAGAGAGGAGAAUAAUGCACAUGCUCAUUUUAAACCCAGGGUUAUGAGUAGUAUUGCUCAUUACCCCUUCUGUGAAGCCCCUGUCAAUGGAAGCUUCAUAACGGAACACAUGAUGAACAUUGAUAUGCUAUGAAAGGAACUAGGUUUCAUCCUUGGCCAAGCAGAUCGUGCGAUCUGUGAGAUUUCGACUGGCAUGCCCUUUGGAAACAAGCAUCAUUGCACUGAAACCUUGCUUUCGGUUGCGUGUUGGUAAUAGAGUACUGCAGCGAAGUUCAAAUUUAUACAGAUCUCAACUUCUCAAAGUUUUUGCAGGUCUUUUAGUCUUGAAAAUAUGGGCUUGCACGUAUUUACUGAGAUUGGCACUCUCAUCUGGAGCCAUCCGUAUGUUUCUUGCAGUCUAUUAGUAUUUCUCACACCUCCGUUUUUCCCAAUUCUCAAGUACUUCUCGCCUCUGUUUAUCUCCACAGCUUUGUUUUUUGUGGCGUUAGUGACAAUGGGACCUCAAUUCGAAGAGCCUUCGGAUGAGGAGGGCGAUUUUCUGAUAUCUUCGGAGGAGAAGUCCGGGGAUGGGGCGGGGUUUAGGAAAGAGAAUGGGGAGAGGGGUUUUAAGGUCACCAAGAGACCUACCAAGGAUUUUCGCUCUACUUGGAGCGAUUGGGUGAACUCUUGUAAAGCGGCUGGGCUGGCUUGGGUGGAGCAGAAGCUGCAAAACGAAACUUGGAAGACUGAGAGGUCAAUGUUGAACGAUGACAAUGUUUCUAUCCUACAGGAAGGGUACGGGCAUAGAUCUGAGGAGAAGCCGCGUGUCCUGGAGAAACUAGCUACCAGGAGAAUUCCUGAUGAGGACGAGAGUGUUUUCGAGGAGCCAGCUGCAUUUGAAAGGCCCCAAGACACGCCUGUGUUGUCAACCUCUGAUUCCUGGAAAUCUGAGAGGAGCUAUGAGAGGCCUCUUUCCUUUGGAGGGUCUAACACUCGCGAUAUUUCCCACAAUAUUUUUUCACCUCACCCAAGCUUCUCCAGAAGACAUGACUCUGAUGCUUCUCUGUUUGAAAAUUUUCAACCUCCUCCUAUCGAUUACGACAUGCCGCCACUGAUAACCGGCCCUGCGUCAAUCACUGCUCCUCUUUUCAAGUCUCUUGAAGAUGAUAUGUACAGUGACGACGAGGACGACCAUCAUCACUGUGAUCACGAUGACCAUAUGCAUCUCGAAGUUGGAGAGGUUGAAGAAGUGGGAGAGAGAUCGCUGGAUGGAGACUUUGUCCCGCAAGAGGAAUUACUGGUGGCCAACGGGAUUCACGACCAUCCGCCUGCCUCCUCAGUACAAUCAGAGGAACGUUCAUUGCUUUCCUCUGGUGAGAGUGACAAAGGAAGCAGCAGUAUUGCAGCGAUUCAUCAAGAGAAUGGAACCACGGAGGCAUUCCUUCCAUCACUGCUUGAUGAAACCCUAAGCCGUGACAUUGACGAGUCGUUGGUAAUUGCUUCCACGCCGAUUGCUGCAGAAGCUGCGGAAGAAAAUACUGCUUCACCUGCUAACCAUGUCUCUGAAGACCAUUCAAUUUCCACUGAGACAGUUGACGAAAAGCGGACUAUUCCCGCAGAGGCUCACUGCGAAAGCUCUCAACCUAAGGAGGACAUGGAGCUGUCUGAUGUGCCUGAGCUGGAGGAUAUCUCACUAUUGGAGAAUACUGAGAAUGCGGAGCUUCAUGCCAUCUCAUCUGAAGAUGUUACUGCUAGUCAUGAGAAACUUGUUGCUUUCGAAGCUUCCACAACUCCCGCCGUUGACAUCGAGGAGCCAGAGGUGCCUGCUGAUUCCCAGAACUCGGAGGUGCUUGCUGCUCCUACAGACGUUGCCGUAGAGCCAUCACACGUUGUGCAGAGGUCAUUGUCGCUUCCAGUUCGGGGAAGUCUUGCAGACCAUGAGAGUGAAGAACAGGCCCCAGCUCACGAAGUCCUUCCUCCAUUAGAUGAACCACCAGAAGAGGUCCCAUCUCGGCACUUAACCCAUGCGAUCUCUCUUCCAGCUGCAUUGAAUCCUAUCCGACCGAUCAUCUUACCACCGAAGACGACUGACCAUGGACCAUUGAGCCCUGACACGGAACUGGGGACUGUCACUACCCUUUGGGAUCACGAGAGACCGAGUAUCACAAACCGUGGCGUCUCAGCUGAUCAGCAACCUGAUUCCAUUGUCUCUGAGGAAAUUGAGCAUGCCGCACAUGAGCCUGAGAAACAGUUAUCUACGAAGGAAAAGGUUUUAAAUUUGGAAGCUUUGUGUGAGUCUAUUUCUGCAGCUGGGGAAACGAAGGCUCGCUCAGCAGAAGUAACAAAUUUGCUCAAGGCGACAACUGAGGAGCAAUUAACUCAUGUCGCAGAGAAGAUGAAGAGCUUUAUGGAGGAUAGUUCACCCCUUAAAAAAUUCCAACCUGAUGCUCCGCAGUUGCAAAUCACGCCACCAUCAACAAAAGUUCCGUUGACAUCAUCACCGAGUAAAACUCCAACCCCUUCCCCUGGUCCCACGCCAUCAAUUCGCCCUCCGCUGUCUGCUACAAGGACAUUUAGUUCACGGUAUGAUCUAUUCUCAAGUGAAGAGUCUGGCGACGAGGAAAUUGAUUUAGACUCAGAUGUAGAUGUUGUAGGCUCAGACUCAGAUUCAGACUCUGAGAUGACAAUCAUCAAGUCGAAGGCACCACCUAAAGUGCCACCUGCGACGUUGAGUGCAGGGCCACAACUUGUGCAAGCUUAAUUGAGUAGAGAGCUUGUAGAACUUGUAAAAAGAUCAUAGAGUCGAUGAUUUCCUUCCCAUCACGGAUAUCCUUUUCGAGGUUUCUAUGUCUAUUUUUGUUCCUUUUUCUUGAAGGGGAAUCCAACGUUGCUGCUCUUGAUGACCCCUAGCUCUUCUAUUUUAAAGGGCUGGACUACGCGAAGACGUUUCCCCCACUCUUAACCUUGACUAAAACUUCGGAAUAAUGACUCCAUGCACAGGUAGCCUUGUACUAUUAUAUUGACGAUUGCCAUGGUAAAGAACCGCGCAGUCUUUCUUCA